AUGAUCUUUGCCAGAGCUGCGGGAAGCAGUGCGGAGAAGUGCUGUCCAUUUCGCACAAUGUCGGACCUACUCACCCUUGUGUUCCAACCGGACAACCCAUGCAACACCACCAUCAUCGACGAAGAAACCGGCAAGGUCAUGUACCAGGUGGCAACAGAGCACGGGAAGAGUACCAUCACUCGAGUCAAGAACGCUGUUGGUGACAGCAUUGCAUCCUGGGAAUGGAGAGAUGUCCGGUCGGACAUCAUCACGCUUGGAAAUGGGACACCAACUUCUGUGAGCACCUGGCUGAAGAAAAGCCUGGUGCCCUUCAAGGGCACGGUUACAUUCCAAGACGCAUCUGGCCGAAACUUCAAGUGGAAAGGCAACGGACCUGGAAUGCAAUUUGAGCUUUACAUCGAAUCGGACAAAACUAGUCCCAUUGCUCAAUUCCGAAAAUCACGUCGGAUUGUUGAUCAGGUCGCAAAUGCUGGAAAGAAACCAGCCACGUUGACAGUGAAUAACAUUGGAGAGGAAAUUCUGGAUCUAGUCGUUAUUUCGUUUCUGGUUCUAGAGAAGGCACGGCGGGGGACGGAAACAUCAACGCUGAACCGAGCAGAGGGGGCAGCGUUUGGAGGAUUCAGUGCUGGUGUUUGAGUCACAUCACAUGACAAGUCACAGUAGCUACUUACCGCGUGGAUUCUCGUGGUGAGACUGCUUUCAGUGACCACCCUAUAAUCUCCCCGGCGAAACAUGUAAAACUAUUUUUCAUCGUUGUCGUUAAAAAACACCAAUGCC